UGCUGAUCCUGACCCACAGGGCUGUGUGCAUUGUUCAUGGCCUUGACCCUCACCUCGAGCAGCCCUAGCUGGACUCCCCCAGGCUUAGCCCCGUUUGGCAUCUCACUGAUUCAAGAAAUAGGUGCAUAAAAUAUACCCAAACCCACCUCGACUUCCAUCAGGUCUUCCUUCAACCCCACAGCCGUCCCUGUGGCCGUGCUUUGGCAGAGAAUCCCAAGCUUUGGAUUUAAAACGAGUUGACUGCUUCUUUUUAAUAAAAAUAUUCCUCCCCUCUUUAAAUAGAACAUGUCACAGAGCCAGUGGGGCUGUUUGUGAAGACGAGGCAGCUCAGAGAGGAGAAAGAGGGAAAAAAAAGUAAAAACACCCAUCUCCCCAAACCCCUUCUGCCUAAUCCAACUGAAUUAGAGGAUUUUGAAGUGGAUUUAAAACUAAAUCUUGAUUAGGGAGAAUUUCUCUCCAAGAGCUGCUGCACAGUAGUAUUAAUGGGAAGCGAUCGUGGACAGAGGAAAUAGGACAGAAAUAACCGAGGGUAGCACAGACGCGCUCACGUCUGUGCACAAACUGAGAGAACCGGAGAAUUUCUCGUGAGGAAAAGGAAGAAAUUAAAGCAUCGACAUCACAGGACUCAGUGCCACGGGGCUGGAGGAGCGGGGAGCAGCCAGACCUGCCGAUCUGCCUUCAUUCGACACGGGGCUCGCAGGUGGGAAGCCAGCGGUGUGUGGAAGCUGGGAGGACAGGCAGCCCGUGCCCCCAUGCUCUCAGGACACAUGCCUGGAGGUGCCCAUGGGAUCCUGUCUCUGCUGACCGUGGUGUUUGUCCUCCCAGAGGUGUCUGGGCUCCGGUGCUACGGCUGCAACAUCAUUGUUGGCACCAAGUACGUGGACACGGGGUGCUCGAACCCAGAGGUGAUCACCUGCUCACACUCCCAUCAGGGCUUCAAACACCGGUUCUGCAUUAAGACUGAAAGUGUGGUCCUGGGCAUCCUGCUGACCAGCGGCUGUGCCACCUCCCGUCACUGCCAGCAGCAGGAGCUGCCGGGGGUCCGCAUCCACUGCUGUGACACCGAUCUCUGCAAUGGCUCUCCCCAGCCUCCCCCCAGCCUUGCUGAUGGCUGCCUCCUGCUGCCCAGCCUCCUGGCAGCCCUGCUGCUCUCCUGAGCUCCCCGAGGUUUGGGAGUGAUGAUGUGUGGCCCUGGGAGAGGAUGGGAGAGGGGAUGAACCCGUCCCUGCUUGCCCCUCUCCUCAAUAAAAGCCACCGAAUGCUUUGCUCUGGAGAGACCUCAGUGAUGUCCACAGGGGCGGGUGGUUGGGGCUGUGUUCAGCUCUGGGGCCCAACAUGGAGCUGUUGGGUCCAGAGCAGACAACGAGAGUGCUCGAAGGGCUGCAGGACCUCAGAAGCUGACAUUUGGGACAGGCUGCUGGGAAGCUGUGGGUGCCCCAACCCUGGAAGUGCUCAAGGCCAGGCUGGAAGGCUUGGAGCCAAAAGGUCCCUGAGGCCUCUUCCAAUCCAACUCCACCUCCCCAGCUGUAGGCCCCGCUCUGCCACCAGGGGGCGCCCGCAGCCCAGCAGCCGCCAGCGCGGCGCAGCCUCGGGGCUGCGAUCUACGCAAGGCCGGGGAUGCGGCCGGGGGGGCGCGGGAUGGAGCGAAGACCGACGAGAAAGGGACAGCGGGGGCUGGGAGCGGGGUGUUUGGUGAAACGAAAGCUUUUCAGCUGCUAUCCCAGCCGAACGGCCCUAACGGGAGCUGUGACGAAGAGCUCCUCGCAUAUGGAGCAGAACUGAAGUGGCUCUUUCAAGGUCGCUGCGGGGGUUUGCGGUCGAGGCAGGAAUUAAACGCGAGUGUCUCAAGAUGCAGCCUUGUGCUUUUAUCACCAGGGAAACAACAUAAAGCUCGCUGCUGAGGACUCGAUGAAGUAUUUUUAUUCUAAACUUUUUUUUUUUCCUUUAGAUAGAAAAAAAAUAUAUAUUUCAAAAGAUCUUUUCCUUGCAAAACAUCAGCUUCUGAUGACAUUUUGCAGAAAACAAGUCUAAACUCUACUAAAAUUGUAGUCUGAGGCACCUUUUGAGUAGAAUCACCUUGGGGCUGGAACAAGACGUUUUUAGAUUCUGAAGAUUAAAAAAAAAAAGUGGAAUCGGAAAACAAAUCCUGAGCAAAACAACCAGAACAGCAACAAGAACCAAUUUCCCUUCUUUCCCCCUUAAAAAUAUUCCUUCCGAUUUUGGUGGGGAGCACAGAACCCAUCCUUGGCACCCGGAGUUAUUCUCGCUAUCGGUUUGUUAUCUGCCUGGGUGAACGCUGCGCUGGGCUCUCGCAGCAAAACCCGGCUGUUUUCCAGUGGCACUGAUACUCCUUCCCAUCUGAGGAGGAGGGGACAGGGCUGGCGGCUGGGGGUCCUGCUGCCGCCGUCCCCUCUGUGUGUCCCCUGCCGCCCAGCUGCUUCCAGAUGCGCUGCUUUGGCCCCGCUCUGCCCCCCUUGCCUGGUUUGAGUCAUCCAUCUUGCUCCGUGUAAGAGGCCUGUUGCAAUUAAGUAGGCUGAAGUGCUCCUGAACUCUUUAACCUUUGCCCUGGGAUUGCUCCUUUUGCCCCAGGGCUGCGGAUCAGCUCCAUUGCACUCUCCAAACAGCGCCUACUACUUAGCUGACAUUUCUUUCUCCUGCUGGAUCCUAUUAGCACCCUGAGGUUGGAAAUGCUACUUUGGAGUGUUGUAAGGAAUGUGAUUUAUACUGGAAAGUAGCGGCAAUCUAUCUUUCCCUAUACACACACUACACAUGAGGCUGGAGAGCUAAAUCCACACGGCCUGAACAAACAGCAAGCAGAUUAAUUGUGGAGGAGGCUUUGGACACCUCGCGGGAAGGGCAGGCGUGAGGCAGGGGGAAAUGGGCUCAGGGCAGGCAGGGAAGUGCUGCUGGUGGGAUCCCACCCCUGUCUCAUGCAGGCUGGCCAUGCGAAUGACUGCUUUCCAGCUUGUUCUGCAGGCAGGGCUUGGAGCUGGGCCGUUCACAAGGGCAGUGGUCACAGGGUUUGUCCUUCAUCCUUUUCCCUGCCUAUUGACCUCGUGUCCAGGGAAGAUCAGAGCUGAGAUUUUGCACUGCUUUGCCUGCGUGCAAGUGCGUAUCCACAGCCUGCAUGGGAGCCAGAUGAAAAUAAGAAUUGAACGGUGCCCGAAGGAGGGCUGAUGAGCCUUUAUCAGAUAUGACACACUAACUACUGAGGCUCCUUGCUGAAAU